AUGGUCACAACAGAACUCUCUCACUCUCACUAUUCUUCCAUCAUGACCAAACCCACUCUCAAAAACAAAUCUUCCUCUCCAUGGUUCUCCGACGGCUUCCUCUUCCUCGGAGGCGCACUCUCAGCUCUCUUACUCGUUUGGGGUUUCUCCACUUUAACAAUCCCCAUCCCAAACGAAAACCCUACUUUAAAAUCUCAACAAAACAACGCUGUUUCAUAUUCCACUCCCGACUUACUCUUCGACCCACCGGACCAAACAUUCUACGACGAUCCCGAAAUGGGGUACAACAUGGACGACAAUGUCCAAAACUGGGACGAGAAACGCGAGGAAUGGCUAAAACUUCACCCUUCUUUCUCAGAUAAAGAGAAAGUUUUAAUGAUCACCGGAUCACAACCCUCGCCGUGUAAAAACCCAAUCGGCGACCAUUUGUUAUUAAGAUUCUUCAAAAACAAAGUGGAUUAUUGUCGUAUUCACGGCUACGACAUUUUCUACAACAACGCUCUUUUACAUCCUAAAAUGUUUGCUUACUGGGCUAAAUACCCUGUCGUUAAAGCCGCAAUGAUGGCCCACCCAGAAGCCGAGUGGAUCUGGUGGGUUGACUCAGACGCGUUAUUCACCGACAUGGAGUUCAAGCUUCCUUUACAACGAUACAAGAAUCACAACCUCGUCGUCCACGGUUGGCCACAUUUAAUCCACGAGAAACGGAGCUGGACGGGUUUAAACGCCGGCGUGUUCUUAAUCAGAAACUGUCAGUGGUCGUUGGAUUUAAUGGAUGCAUGGGCCGGAAUGGGCCCACAAAGCCCAGAAUAUGAAAAAUGGGGUAAAACUCUCCGGUCAAUUUUCAAAGACAAAUUCUUCCCGGAGUCAGACGAUCAGACGGGGCUCGCUUACUUGAUCGCGAUCGAGAAAGAGAAAUGGGCGGACAGGAUUUACUUAGAAGGUGAGUAUUAUUUCGAAGGCUACUGGGAAGAAAUCGUAGGAACAUUCGAGAAUAUUAGUAGGAAAUAUAACGAGAUUGAGAAAGGGGUGCGUAGGUUAAGGCGGCGUCACGCGGAAAAGGUGAGUGAAGGUUACGGUGUUGUUAGAGAAGAGUUUUUGAAAGAGGCUGGUUAUGGGAAAGGUAGUUGGAGGAAACCGUUUGUUACGCAUUUUACCGGUUGUCAGCCGUGUAGUGGGAAGUAUAAUGAAAUGUACACGGCGGAGGCUUGUUGGAACGGGAUGCGCAGUGCGCUUAAUUUCGCUGAUAAUCAGGUUAUGCGUAAAUAUGGUUUCGUGCACCCGGAUCUAGAGGAUAAUGCGGUUUCUUCUUUAGCUUUUGAUUAUCCAAAACCAAAACCAAAACCCAAGCAAUGA